CUCACUAGGUUUUGAGCCACAGCCGCGUGUGCAUAUGCCCACCCCGCCUCUCUCCAGCUGAUGCCCGCGCCCUGUCAAUCUAUAUCCCAGCAGAGAGAGGACGGGGGGAAACCGAAACAGAGCGGGUCCGAGGGGGGAAGAGGCGCAUGAAAACAUCCAUGGGUGGCUGUGUGGGCAGUCAUCAUGAUUCUUCAGGCAGUUUAAACGAAAACUCGGACGGAACCGGAGUUGCUCUGGGGCGAAACCAGCCCCUGAAGAGAGAGAAGCCCAAAUGGAAGAGUGACUAUCCAAUGACCGAUGGGCAGCUGCGCAGCAAGCGUGAUGAAUUCUGGGAUACAGCACCGGCUUUUGAAGGCCGCAAGGAAAUUUGGGAUGCACUUAAAGCGGCUGCCCAAGCCUUUGAAAGCAAUGACCAUGAGCUUGCUCAAGCCAUAAUUGAUGGUGCCAGCAUAACAUUACCACAUGGUGCUCUGACUGAAUGCUACGAUGAGCUGGGGAACCGCUACCAGCUGCCUGUCUACUGCCUCUCGCCUCCUGUCAACAUGAUUGAGGAAAAAAGCGAGUCAGAGACCAUUGAGGUCCCAGAAGCUCCAGCUAGUGAAGGCCAGGAGUGUCAGUUGCGUCUGCGUCUCUCCACGGGACGAGAUCUACGCCUGACUGUCCGCACCAGCGACAAUGUCCAGCAGAUGAAGCGCCGUCUGCAGACCCAGGAGGGUGUAGUGGCCACCAGCCAGCGCUGGUUCUUCUCAGGCCGACCACUCACCGACAAGAUGAAGCUGGAAGAACUGAAGAUCUCCAGAGACUAUGUUGUCCAGGUGAUCGUCAGCCAGCCUCCCACAACCCCACCACUGCCGCAGAACCCCACUCCUGUGGAAAACUAAUGACUCAUUGGGGAUAUUAACCACCACACCAAGUGUGUAAGUGAGAGGCUAUCAAUGUGCAUGGGCCACAAGAUUUUUCAGAAGAUUUCUCUAUUUUUGGAUUGGCCAUUCGAGUCUAGAGUGAACCUCUAGAGGCUUUUCCCUUCAAACACUCACUGCCUUUGACUUAUAUCUUUUCUAAGGGAGUUGAGACUCAGAUUUUCUGUUCAAAAGCCUCAGGUCUAGAAAACCGGAGUCCUGAAUUGAUCAAGAGAGGUCCAAAAAGUAUGGUUUUGGCAAUGGAAACUUAAUAAUGCUUUGUUAUUUUAAAGAUUAUGGAGUUAUAAGCUUCAUAUUCUUUUCUCCUUUUUUCUUGUGACGACAUCAUAUGUCUGCAAGGCAGACCGGAAGUGUGUCUGUUAGAACUUGAAUUAUAAAACAGAGACAAUUGGGGCCAAAAGGACAUUUUAAACUGCUAUUGGCUUUCAGGUACAGGAGAAUCACUUGUUGGACUGUUUUCUUAUUUUUCGUUUUUAUUAGAGACUCUGUAACCAAAAAUAUAUAAAGAUUUUUUUAAAAGAGACAAUGUUACAUGUCACAAAAACAAUGUCAGUUUUGUUUUUUUCCGAUUGUCCAGAAUCUUUAAUCUCGUUUGUUUUGUUUUGUUUUGUUUUUCAGAUAAAUUUUCGAUUACAUAAAUUCUCUAAACAGCAUUCAUUCAACUCUUUCAUUUCAAAAGAGGGUAAGUUUAUAAGUCAUGUAGACAAGUAGAUCAGCUGUUUGACAUUUGCCUCCUUUUUCAAUGUGCUUUUAGUGGAGGUGGUAGUUGUCACAUUUUGCAGAUAGAUUUCAGUCUAGACAGAUAUUCCAAUCAAUUUCCUCCAACAAACAAAUCUGAUUUUCUCAGUCCCUGUAAAACUGUCUGCAGAAAAGUGAAAAAUUGGAAUGGGGCAACUGUUCGGAUUCCUUCUAAUUCAAGGUGCUUAUAAGAAUUUAUUCAGCUCUGCGAGGUUCCCAUGGUGCUACGCAUUGUUUCGCACAUCCUGAGGAUAUAUAAGGGUGAGAAGGGGGUCAUCAUGUAAUAACUGUGUAUACAUGUGAACGGGGAAGCUACUGUAUGAGUAAGUGAUAUAAUGGAAGGAGAAGACAUGAAGAUGUAAUCUCUGAAUGGAGCUGAAUGUGGACUUUCUUACAGUUUAUGCUAUAUACAUGUAUUUAUUUUAUGGUUUAUGGUUUAUGUUUUUUUUUUUUUUUUAUGCUUUCCUUUAUGUUGAGAGGCAUAGUAGUGCAGGAAAUGAUGAGGAGCAGUGAUAUAUAAUUUUCUGAUGGGAACCAGACUCAAAACCCCAUCAAUGCUGUAGUAUGUGCGCUAAGUGCUAUCCUGUUUAAAUGGAUUCAGGGCUUUGUCCUAUUGAAAAGAAUUGAGAGUUGAAAAGAGAAAAAAAACAGUUGCAUAUUUUAAUGAUAGAGAAUGUGUCUUUAAUUAAAAGUUGAUGAAA